UAAACUCACCUGUUUUUGAAGUAAUGCCGUGUAAAAACGUUGGAGAGUGUAGAGUCUGGAGUAAGAGAACAGUAGAGAAGGGGCGGCCAAAUUAUGAGCAAGGCAAGGAGGCGUGACUGCAGCGAUCACCGGAACUUAACUUAACAGCACUUUUCACAAUAAAACAUGUUAUAGAUAUUAUCUUUCUUUUUCAAUUAAAAUCUAAAUAAUUGAACAUGUGACUCCACAAUAUGAGAUUAAAUAGUAUAUAUCCAUGGUGCAUUGUGGAUCUGGUAUCUUUAAAGUUAUUUUUUAUGAAACUGUAAAAUUGAUCUGUUUUAAUUUGAAAAGCGUAUUUACCCACACAUCCGCAGAAAAAAUAUUUUUCACCAAAGCAGUUUCGUGGAGCUUGCUCGUACUUAAAUCUAACCCAGGGACGUAAAAAAUAUGGGAAGAAACAAUAAUAGAACAAUGAUUAAGAGAGUAUGCUAAAUCUUUGAGUUGACUGCUAUAGCAGACUUAAAUAGAUCGUUGUUCCGGGUAAAUGUUGCCAAUGCUAACCCGUGGAACAAAACAAAAGGUCGAGAGAAAAAGCUGAGCAAAGGCCAUCUGGUUUCGCAGUAUUUUAUGAAUCGUAGGCUUUAUUUUAAUACAAGAAACCUUUUUAAACCUGCAGCAUAAGUGCCAGCCAUGGAUUCGCAAGCACCUGCUCAGCUCAUCGUUUGUGAAGUGUGUGGCUCAUUCUUUGACUCCCGACGGGGGCUCGCCAACCAUGCCAGGGGGCACCUUCGCCAGCUCGGUGUAUCUGAACCUGGUGCUGCUCCCAUAGACCUUCUAAACCGGCUUAUAGCAGAGAGAGAUGGGGAAUUUCCGAGUUUCAAAACACACUCAAGUUUUUCUGGGUUCAGCCCUAACCACCAAACAUCACAUCAGGAUGCCAGUCCAGUAUGUGCGGAUGAGGGCACCAUGUACAACGCAGGGCAUAGAGUCUCGACAACCCCCCAAAGCACUUCUCUUCUGCCAUUAUCGUCAUCGGCACUUAAGAUGCUUGAGUCUAGAUUAAGUGACUCUGGAAACUCUUCUACCUUAGAAACCUUAACCAAGCCACUAUGGGCUCCACUGGCAACAGACGCUCCUAUCACUUUAGGUUAGUCUGAUCACUGGGGAGCUGUGUUAAAUGUAACAUCUAAAGGAGUUGAAGUUUAAUGAAAUUACAUGCAGGUUAAAACUGGCUCAGUACUACAUAGACAUUUAUUAAGGUGUGAACAUCUUAUUUACAUCACAACAAUUUAAAUAAGUCCUCGUUUUAUGUAUG